AGGGUUUGCGGGGGUGGCGACCACGGCGUACGAACUUUUUUAUUUGGCAUUUGUAUUAUGGAGGUUCCAUUCGGAUCCGCUUGACAAAGACUUUGACAGCAGGCAACCAUCGUAAUACUUGAGACUGUCACUUUUGCAUUCUCUCCUCGGGUUUCGUUGUGAGCCAUUUCGUGCGGAUGCCCUUGUAGGGAUGUGCAAGACGACAAUACUUGUAAUGGUGCGGUACCAUCACAUGGUUGCAUUCCGAGUCUUCGCUCGAUUCUGAUCUGUCAAACUCAAUUUGGUCGAGAAGCAUGAUGAAUUUCUGCUCACGAGGGGUGGCAAGCUCUUGUGACUUGCUGUCUGCUCGUGCAUUUCAAUCAUGACCGAGCUCAAUGAUAACAAGUUCCAGCUCCCUCCGCGGUCUGCCCCUAUACAGGUCGAUGCAACCAUGCCAGCCGGCGGGUAUCCUGGAUCACGGUAGCAUGCCAUGUGGACGUCCUUACUACCACCGAGGAUUCUUCGAGAUACAGACCGACCCAAGUCGUAUGUCUUGGAUUAUCCUCUGUAGUCCAUUCUUCUGAGCUCCACUGAUAUAAAGGCUGCUAACGUAGUGCGGUCCCUUCUCAGGUUCGCCAUAGUCUCAUUGACUGCAAAUCCACCCACGAACCCCAUUGUCACUCUUUGUAUUGCUUCACGUUAUCAUGGCUUCUACGACCGUAUCUAUCUCGACACACACGACUGCUUCAAACCCUCGACCUCACGUUGUGUACUUCGUGGACAUCACAAAUACCCAAGGUGUCAAAUCCAAGGUUACCAAGCGUUACUCAGACUUCGUAGUGUUGCACAACAAACUGGGUGACCCCUUCACUCUUCCUCCGAAGCGGAUCCUUGUUACUUCUUUCAUCCCAUCCGCUUGGGUCGACGACCACCUUAUCAAUGAACGCAAGGCUGGUUUGACUGCCUACCUCAAUGCUCUUUUGCUGUCUGACGAAUACAGCGCCAAUGCUGCCGUCGAGGGCUUCUUAGCAUCUUCUGCGGAUACGGCCGGUUCUGGGGACUUCAAUUUAGAAGAUGCUCUACCAUCCACGCUGUCCAGGAAGACGGCCUUGGAAGCUCAAGCUAAGAUCGCUGCGGCUAGCCCUAUAGCGGCAGCUUACUAUCCAGAUUGGGUUGUUAGCUCUUGGCCGCCUGAGAAGCUUGACUUUUCUAAAUUCGAUAUCCUCUUCUUCGCUUUCGCUACUCCCAAUUCUUCCAGCGGCAUUUCAUGGGACUCCGGCGCUACUUCCAUACUGAAGCGCUUGGUCACUAGUGCACGCAAUAGUGGGAAGGGAACCAAAAUUGUUCUAUCGAUAGGUGGUUGGGGUGGAAGCUAUUGGUUCUCUCAAGCAGUUAGUUCCUCCGCCAACAGGUCGACCUUCGUAAACGCUGCUGUCAGUGCAGUGAAUACAUAUGGAUUAGACGGGAUUGAUAUUGACUGGGAGUACCCAAAUCAGUCGGGCGCCGGCAACCCUCAUUCCACGAAUGAUGCUGCGAACUUACUAUCCUUUUUCACCUCCCUUCGCUCCGCCCUUGGGUCCUCCAAGAUCAUAUCAGCUGCUGUUACAUGUUUACCCUGGACAGGUUCUAAUGGUAAAUCCCUCACCAAUGUUGCAUCAUACGCUGCCCAGCUUUCAUAUGUCAACAUAAUGAACUACGACACUUGGGGUGCAUCCGCUAACCCCGGUCCCAACGCUCCUUUAGGUAACCUUUGUGGUACCUCCCGCCAACCUCAGGCAAGCGCGCAAGCAGGUUUGAAUCAGUGGAAGGCGGCCGGAUUCCCUGCCAACAAAUUGUUGCUUGGUCUCCCAUUGUACGGUUACGUAUCUAAGAGCACUGCUACCCACCUUACUGGCAUCGCGAUGCCUCCACCCGGAUUCCAACUGCAAGAAUACAAGGAGCGGGUUCUUGGUCUUCCUUCUCAUACCCCAGUCAAGUGCGCGAUACCUAACAAGGACGAAGACUUUGGGGAACCGAACUUCCUGGAUGGAAAGCACGAACGGGUUAAGAAAGCUCCGGAAGAUGUCGAAGCGGAGGCGGCAGGCGACUUGAGCUCGUACUACAAUCAACAGAUUCCAUUCAGUCAGAUCGUGGCAUUGGGCGCGCUGAAGAAAUCUGGUAGCGUGUAUGUGCAAGCGAACGGGUUCACGCAAGCAUGGGAUGACUGCAGUGAUACACCGUUCCUGUUCAACGUCUCGCGUCAGACGGUUGUGACGUACGAUGACACGUACUCCUUGGCUGACAAGGCCGCAUUUGCCAAGCAGAAUGGCAUGGCAGGCUGUUUCACUUGGUCGCUGGAUCAGGACGAUGGCUAUUCCCUGCAGAACAUAAUCCGCUCCAGCCUGGGCAAAUGAGUCUACGAGGACGAUUAGAGUAUGUAGGGUAUUUAGUCAACCAUUUUGUUUCUUUUACGACCUCUCACGACCAUUUCACGGUUCCCGGUUACUACAUCGCUACCCAUCCUGUACCUAUCGUUUUCACAGCAUGUCUAUCUAUACACGCAUUACCCUCGACAGAAAUAUUCGUUGUCAAGA